UUCAGUAGUCAGGACUUCAAAAGCCUGUGCGCUACUGAAGCAUUAGCGGCUUAGUCGGGUACAGGUACAUCACAGUAAUUUUGUUUGCGGCAUUGAGGCUAAGGUAAACAGCUAAGGUAAACACAAGCACGUUUCUGUUUUCUGAUGGUUUGAUGACUUUUUUAUUUAUUUAUUGACAGUCUUCGGUUCUCUUCUUUAUGGAGUUCCCUGACGACUUAGCAGAUGUCACGGAUAAGAUAGUUCUACUGUUCAACGAAACGCUUUUACAGGGAAAUCUCAGUGCAUUCGACGACACGUACGGACGUCUUCCUACAAGCGUUAGGAUCACUAUUGUAGUGGUCUAUUUAAUUGUGUGCGUGGUGGGGCUCGUGGGAAAUUGUCUGGUCAUGUAUGUCAUCAUCAGAUACACAAAGAUGAAGACAGCCACCAACAUCUACAUCUUCAAUCUGGCACUGGCCGAUGCCCUGGUGCUGGCCACAUUGCCUUUCCAGGGCACAGAUGUUCUGCUGGACCUCUGGCCUUUUGGCCUGGCUCUGUGCAAAGCUGUGGUGGCCAUUGACUAUUACAACAUGUUCACCAGCGUCUUCACUCUAACCGUCAUGAGCGUGGAUCGCUACAUUGCCGUGUGCCACCCGGUGCACUCACUGGCCGUGCGCACCCCCCACAGGGCCAGGCUGGUCAACCUUGCUGUGUGGGCACUGGCUUCUGCCAUCGGGGUGCCUGUGAUGAUCAUGGGGCAAGUGGAGGCGGAGUCCAACGGUAGUCAUCACCUCAACUUUAGCUGUACUGAAUGCAUGGUGGUUCUACCUGACCCUCUAAGCUCCGCUGAGCCUGUGUUCGGUACCUGCGUGUUCCUCUUCUCCUUUUUAAUCCCAGUGGUCAUCAUUAGCGUGUGCUAUGGCCUGAUGGUGCGCCGCCUGCAUAGCGUGCGCCACCUCUCCGGCUCCCGUGAGAAGGACAGGAACCUUAGGAGGAUCUCCCAGAUGGUGCUGGCUGUGGUGGCUGCCUUCGUGCUCUGCUGGAUGCCUGUGCAGGUGCUGGCUCUGCUCCAGGCCUUGGGGAAGACAGACCUAGGGAGCAGCCCCACUGCCAUUGCCGCAAUGCACUUCUGCAUCGCCCUGGGUUAUGCCAACAGCAGCCUCAACCCCCUCCUCUAUGCUUUCCUGGAUGAAAAUUUCAAACGCUGCUUUAACGAGUUCUGCAUGCCAACUGGCUCUGCCCUGGAGCUAGAGGUACAGAGGAAGGACUCUGUUAGGAAGGUGGAGGGAGGAGGGGACAGAGAGCAAGAGUGUAGACAAGGAAAUGGAGGGGUUACGAAAGCUUGUGCCAUUCCCAGGUGUGAGGAAUAGAACUGGAAUUUCCUGUUAAAAGUGAAUGUUCACAGCCUCACACCCAUCUGUAGAUAGAUGUAUUUUCUGUAAAGGUACCUCCCUGGUUCUUUGGGCUUAAAAGAAACCAGUGGGACUUAAGUAAUGGUAAAGCCACUCAUGAUUCUGGACAAAAUGGCGUAGAGUUUUUUCAUGUGAAAUAAUGCAUGCCCGUUACAGUACCUUAAACAGUAUGGACCUUUUAUUAACACUACAAGACAUAAUGCUCCUAUUAGUAAUAUUAGGCAAACACAUAUUGCUGCCUAGCUGCAAAUUAACUAUCUAUAUGUCAGCCUUUUCUGAAAGCGUAUAUGACUGCAAAGAUUUAACAUUAUUAAAUGUCUGGCUAUAACACAAAUCUUCUCUUUAUUUUGUAUGUGCAGUUAGUUUGAAAAAAAUGUUUUCCCAGGCUUUUGUCUUGAGAAAACAGUUUGGGAUUAGCGUUAUUAUUUCUUUGAAACCCUUUUUCAAUUUUAGUCAAUUAUUAUAUUGUACCUUGACUAUAUUUUAACACAAUAGCUAAUGUUUAGAAUUACUUCUAAAAUGUUCAGACCAUGGAAAUUAUCAGAAUUGAUAGCUUUAUUGUUUUGGUUUUAAUCUUUUUAUUUACUAUAUUCUGUAUUAUUUUCUAGGUUUGGGUAGUCCUAAUGAAUAAAGAAAGACUAUAGGGAAUAUUUUGAUCAAUUGCAGUAAAUAUUUAAUGAGUCAUUCAAAUAAUUUAUCUUACAGCCUGAAGGCUAAUUGUUAUGUCAAUAUUGUUUAUGCAAGUCAUUUCUUGAGUAGUUGCAUCCAGUGUGUGCUUGUGAGAAAAAUACAAGAUAACCCUAUGGGUAAAAUCUUUAUUAAUGAUUACAGACGUCACAGGCCAUGAUUGCCAUCUGGGGAAAUGACCUGCCUAACCGUGCUUCAUGGAAAUUUGUCCAUUAACAUUUCACCAUGUUCAUGCAUGUUUGCCAUAUAGUGUCAUUAGACUGAAAAUCUUUACUACAUAAAUGGUAAGUGUGAGGAUCAACUAUUAUAAAAUUAUGACCAUCAGGGAAAUAUGUUUUCAGAAUUGUUCUUUUUAAUUGUUGGCCAUCCUUAAAAUGCACAUUGUUUAAAAACUGAAAACAUACAACCCACAAUCAAGUAGGCUAGCUUUCAAAACUUUUAAAAAAUCUCCUUAAAACUGGCAGUUAACCUUUAUACUAUUCAGGAAAAAUAUUAUUUACUUUCUCUUUUUUAAUAUUAUUUACUUUCUCUGGUUCUUUGUGUAUAGAGAUAAUAGUGUUAAUGCAUAAGGUAAUACACAUCAAUAGCGACUAAUAAAGCAACACCUAAAUAAUUUCUUGCUGACCUAUAAACACAAUGCUAUAUAUGGACUAUUGACACAUUUGCUCUAUAAAGUGACAUAUUUAUGUGUUGACCAGACUAUAGACUAUAUAUAAAUAGACUACAGAUUAUAAAAAAUGCUACUAUUUUAGAAGUAUGCUAAGGUUCCUGUUUAAAUAUUUGAGCUAUCUUAGAAACAAACAGACCCAUUGUGCGUAGGCGAUUUAUUUAAAGAUGAACCCUAACAUCUAAAAUAAGGCUCACUCUCCUGUAACUAUGACUAUGUAAGUCACACAAACACAGGCUAUAUUCAUGGGGGUGAGAUAUUCUCUUGAUUCACACCGUUUUAACCAAUACCUCUAUAGAUGUACUGUCAUCCAGAUAAACAGAUAAACUGCAGGAUGAACACCACAGGUUUGCUGCAUAAAACAAAGCUCACUGCCCACACCUGCGGACACUCUGAUGGACACUGAUGGAGCAUAGUCAUGUGAGAGAGAGUUAUUUCUGUUCUCACAUUGCUCUGCAGUGCAUGAAGGUUGAGGAGUUAGUGCAAGAUGCAAACUGGGGGGGGGGGCGUGUAAACACUAGACAGAGGGUGACUCAGAGAUAAUAACAGGCUAAGGAAGGAACACCACCCAUACUAAAACACCCCACAGCUUCAAACCAGCUUUUUUUCCAUCUCCCUCAUGCAAACUUGUCAGUGUAUUUUUGCAACUGUUUAAGGUUUUCUAUAAAAUAACUUGCAGUGUGGACUUUUUUGAUCAAAGGAGGCUUUCACAUAUUUUGGGUUAUAGUGUCUUCUUUUACUGAAAUUCCAUUGGCUUUAUCUGUUUGCUAUAUUUGCAUUGCUACAUUACAUACUGUAUCUAUUUAACCUUGCCUUCUGUAAAUCAGUCUUUGUGAUUCGUUAAGUUCAGUGUAGAUGGUGAUUUGAACAGAUUAAUAAUUGCAGAGACAGGGCAAGUUCAACACACUAAGUAGAAGACUAAAAGAACUGAUGAAGGAAGAGUGUGAUUCUUGCUCAUCAAAGAUCUGUCUUAUCAGUAAAGACUUUUUUUUAUCAGUAAAGAACUGUCUCAUGAGAACUUUGCAAUAAAACCUUGUCAUGCCACCAGGUGCAACAGAUGAUUGCACAGUAUUUUUGUGAGGUAAAGGAACCCUUAGAAAAAGUUAAAAUCACAGCAAACGUUAAAAGAAAAUAGGCCAAUAGUCAGCUCAAUGAUUAGACAUAUGGAAAAAAUAUGUUGCAUUUCUGCCACUGUGUGGUUAGUCAUGGUGUAUGCAGCUUGCUGGUCCUCUCACAUUUCGGUCCACAGAUCAUUAACAAGAAACUGUAAGUCCUCAACUGUGGAUGGCCUUUGGGUACAUGAGC